AUGACUGACCUGCUCCGCAGCCUGACUGGCCCGGGUCUGGCCACACCCUCCGGGGAAGAAAGGCCCCUGCCGCCUGGCCUCCUUGGAGGGGAGACGCCGCCGGGCGGCCUGGCUGCUGGGUCCCGCAGGCCUGGGUUUGAGGCCAGCGGCGCACCGAGCUGCCAGGUAGCUUGCAGGCCAGUCAGGGCUAUGAGUCUGGUGGUGGCUGGGGGGCGGGGGACCGGGGAGGCGGUGCAGAGGGAGAGAGUGGGCUGCGAAGGAUGCAGCCCCAGCCUGGGCGGUGGACCCCUCAGCGGCCUGGGCAAGGCGGCCGUGUUCCCUGGAGGCGUGUCCACCCGCCAGACGGCACCUUCCCCUUUUUGCCCAGCAGACCUCCGUUGCAGCUGCCGCAGGGCCGGGCUGGGUGUCCCAGGCUCCGAGGGGCCCAGAGGGUUUGAGCCGCGGUCCUGCCGCAGCCCUUGGGCUGCCGGCGCCGCUCUUCGGUGA